CUCUGCCUGCGCCUCCUCACACCACUUGCAAAUACUCGCAAACUCGCUUCUCAAGGCUAUCGUGUCUCGGCCGUUCUCUGGUAGAAGGGCCCCGAGCACGAUAAUUCCUUGCUGCUUGCAUCUUCAUGCCGUUAGUCGUCACCAUCCCCGAUAAUCAAUCUCCUGCACGUCGCAUUGUCAAUUCACGCAUUCGAUCUCGCUCUUCUGCCUCACACUGUCGUCCCCGCACUGCAUCUGCUCCUGCAGUACCCGCGUCUACAAUGUCAAAAGGCGAGACUAACGUGAAGAUUUCUAGGAGAAAAAUCAUCACCAUCAGUCACUCCACCGGCUCUGAAGAUCACUUCAUCUCCGACGACGACGACCAUUCCUCGGGAGUACAGGUCUCCCGCUCCACUGAAAGCCAGGAGGAUUACACAGACUCGCAAGAAGAAGAGGAGGACUGGGAGGCUGUCGACGCCGAUGAAUUAGACCCUUCUGACUCGGCUUCCAGACAACGACGACCCCGAUUUCGAUACCGCUCCGUUUCUUCUCGUCCGGGUCCUCGUAAAGCUGUACGCCCACGCGCACCUCCUGCUGCCCCAGAACCUGCUCAGCCAACCCGUCGUCGUACAACUUCCAACACUAGACCGCGCGCUGAGCGAAGACCAAGCAGCCGAACGCGGCCUCCCUCAGUACCUUCGGACAGUCUGGAAGGUGACGACUACCCGUACGGUCCCCCAAGGGGACACCCUCAUGCUCAGUGGGGGCAUGUACCUCCUGCCCCUGCAAGUGGUUACGCACCCAGCAUGUUGUCUGGCGGCGGUUAUCCACCAUAUGGACCGCCGGGUCAAGAAAUAGUUCCGAUGCGUAGUGAUCCCUAUGGCUACACAAACCCUUUCACGCAAACAAUGCAUGGUGGCCAUCAACCGAAUCCAUUCACUCGCGGCGACAGAAAUAGUAUGUAUUACGACGAUAACGGUCCGCCAGCAAGGCAACAUCGAUCGCACCGGAACUCGAUGCCUCCAAUGCCGCCUGGCGGAGAGCUGAUGCACUUUAAUGGAGGCGGAUAUCCGGGUUAUCCAUAUCCACCGCCUCCGCCUGGCUAUGGAAUGCCGCCUCCUCCAAACCCAUACUACCCACCUUAUGCCCAUCAUCCUUCCCCUCCUCCCCGUCAUCCUCCCUCGCAACACCAUACACCGGCUCCAGAACCCGCACCUGUAGCAACCCCAGCUCCAGCGCCAGUGCCAGUGCCAGCUCCAGCGCCAGCGCCGGCCCCUGCAGCCAUUCCAGGCGCCUUCCCACCCGAAAACGAGAAGAUUUCCAAGAUAGAGGAGCUCCUGAUUGCUGAACGUAAUGAUCGUCUGGACCGGGAAAGAAAGGCUAUCGAAGAGCAGACAAGGAAGAUUGAGGAAGAGGCCAAGGCCAAAAAGGCUGCAGAGGAAAAGAAGGAGAAUGACAGGCUCAAAGCUAUCGAAAAGUUUCUCAACGAUGAGCGAAAGGCUAGGAUAGAUGAAGCGAAUGCCAAGAAGCAGGCUGAGCUUGAUGCGGCUGUCGCAGCAGCCGAUGCAAAGAAACGAGGCGAUGAAGACAAGCUUGCUAAGCUUGAGAUGCUCAUUCUGGCACAAAAAGAGGAGCAGCUCAAACGCGAAGAGGCUGCCGAGGCCGCUCGCAAAGCCGAACAAGCUGCUGCUGAAUCUGCUGCCGCCAAGAUUGCUGCCGAAAAGAAAGCUGCCGCCGACGCUGCGGCGAAACUGCUCGAGGCCGCCAAGAAAGCAAGAGAAGAGGCCGAGGCGAAAGCACAGAAGGAGGCCGAAGAGACAAAGGCAGCACAUGAGAAGGCACUUGCUGAGGCAAAGGAAGCUGCAGAAAAGGCUGAGAAUGACAAGAAGGCGGCCGAAGCCAAGAUCACUCCGCCUAGCGACGACAAGAACCAGCCACCGAUUAAAUUCAAAGACGCGGUCGGGAGGAAAUUCAGCUUUCCCUGGCACAUCUGCAAGACAUGGGGUGGCAUGGAGAACCUCAUCAAGCAGGCCUUCCUCCAUGUAGACGUGAUCGGCCCACACGUCCAUGACGGCCACUAUGAUCUCGUCGGACCUGAUGGCGAGAUCAUUCUACCACAGGUUUGGGAGACUAUGGUCAAACCAGACUGGGCUAUCACAAUGCAUAUGUGGCCAAUGCCAGACCCUAAGCCACCACCUCCUCCACUACCUGGUUUUCCUGGUGGGCCUCCCGGCUUUGAGCCCUUUGGGCCAAUGCCACCACAUGGAGCGAAAGGACCGAAGGGCGGUAAGCCUCCAGCUGGCGGCAAGGCUCCCAAAGGAGGGAAAGGAGGUCCUAUCCCACCUCCACCCCCGCCUGGUUUCCCAGGUGGUCCGAUGCCACCGCCUGGCCAUCCAGGAAUGCCCCCAGGGAUGAUGAUGCCGCCGCAAGGGGGUGGUCCCAGAGUCGAAGUUGUUGUCGACGGCCACAAAAAGAAGAAACCCUCUUCUAAACAACCUCCCACGGGCUUCUUCCGAUGGGCGGCUGGGGGGGCCAAUGGUCGUAGCUCGUCGGUAAAAGAUCCAAAAAAACCUGAGCGUGCCACUCCGGCUUCUCCAUAUGCACACGUUCCCUCUGCCCCAAACGGCAAGCCUUCAUCAGGGGGUAGUCCCAAGGGUCAACAGGGCGAAUGUGCUGUUAUGUAA